AUGCUUAAAGAAUUGAUUCGUCGAAUCGAAGGGAUCUUGAAGAAUCGAUUCAACGGAAAACUCAAACGGAACAAAAUGGAGAGCAAAGACGCAGCGAGAAAUGAAGAGACCGAAAUGAAGAAAAACGGUGAAGAUCAACCAUCAACCCAUGCAUCCACUGACCCAUCUCAUCUACAUCAUGUUGAAGAAGGACGCGUGGAGAAAAAGGAUCGAGGCUUUCCACGGGUGAAGACGUAUCGAUAUGCAAUGAUUGUCGGCUAUCAGGGAAAGAAUUACUUUGGAAUGCAGGUGCAAAAGGGUCCGAAUGCGGCGCCGACAAUUGAGGGUCAUCUAUUGGAUGCGUUAUUGAAGAAUGGGUGGAUCUCUCAACAGCUUUACGAUCGGCCAUUUGAUUUCUUCUUUCAAAGAGCCGCCCGAACGGAUAAAGCUGUUUCUGCUGUUAGACAGAUUUGCUCCUUGCAGUUGCCCAGAAUGGACGAUCUGCCAUUGACAGGAGCCGCUCAAAUGAACGCAUACCUACCGGAAGACAUUCGCGUUUUUGGUUUUCGCCGUGCUACUCAGAACUUUCACUCGCAAAAGUACUGUGAUGCUCGCACAUACUCAUAUACUUUGCCAACAUUCGCUUUUGCUAAACCAGAUGAAAAAACCGACUCAAAAUUUCGAAUCAAACCAGAGGUGGUAAAGGAAGUUGAGGAGAUUUUACAGCUUUACAAAGGAACGCACAAUUUUUUUAACUACACGAGUAAAAAAGCUUUUGAAGAUCGAUCUUGUUGUCGAUACAUCAUUCUUUUCACCUGUGGAGAACCGUUCUUGUAUAGGGAUGACUUCCGAAAUGAGGAUGUCGAGUUUAUCACGUUGACGGUGAAAGGACAAAGUUUCAUUCUGCACCAGAUACGAAAAAUGAUUGGAAUGACGAUAUCUGUGGUCCGUGAAUUGCAGAGUCGAAGCGCAAUUCAAAGGUCAUUCGAAGGGGAACGAAUGGAUGUUCCGAAAGCUCCGGGACUUGGCCUUCUACUGGAGCGACUCCAUUUUCAUAACUAUGACAAAAACUAUGCUGCCAGCCACGAACCAUUGAGUGAUUGGGGAGAAAGAAUUGAGAAGGAUAUCAAUGACAUGAAGGAGAAACAAAUCACAAAGGAGAUCCUUGAUACUGAAUUGCGAGAGCAAAGUAUGAUGAGAUGGUUGUCUGAUCUCGUGCAACAUCACACAUUCCUUGCUGAUCCAUCGUCUGCAGAAAUAGCCAAAGGGACUUUUGUGCAACUGGCGGCAAGAGUGGCCAAGCAGGAAUCGAGUGUGCCCCUAGCUGAGAGCGUCGAGCCUGAGCCGAAGCCUGAGGGGGAGCCUGAAGAAGCUGAGAACUCGGCCGCCAAA